AUGCCACCUUAUUUUUCUUUGUUCUUUUUGUUUAUCUGCUUACUUAUGAUUACCUGUGCAGAAGAAAAUUCAUCCGUUAAGGAAACUGACAUCCCUAUAUUUUACUAUGGGUUUAUAAAUAAUGAAGGAUACCAGCAUUAUUUACCUUCGAAGUAUUCUAACACGCUAAGUGAUAGAGAUUUAAUAAGUGUAUCAUGUCACAAAGGAUAUACUGUGGCAAUUAAAAAGGCGUCUAUAAUUGAUUUGAAUGACGAAGAAAAUGAUUACAAAGAUAUGGCACAAGAAAUCUGCUCAAAGAAGGAACAAUGCAAGAUCGAUGUUAGGAAAUUCAAAAGAAAUACCAACAACAAUCAAAUUGAAUCUUCUUCUGAACUAACAAUAGAGUAUAUCUGUAUGAGCUCUCAAAAGAACCUUUACGAUGGAAACGCUUUUCAUCAAGGAGUCACACACAAAUACCUAGUAGUACGAGAUCAAUCUUUAGCAUGCGUUCAAAAUUAUAAAGACGUAAUGAUAUUUCCAUCCAUUUCAAAAGCUUUAGAAACUUGCACUAUAAAUAACUGUAAUUAUGUUGUGUGGGAUGACAAAGACAAAAAGGCAGUUAUUUGUAAAGGGGACAACGCUGAAAUUCUAAUAGAAAAAAAGAACAACAUCACAUAUAUUAACCCGAACCUUUUUUAUACUUAUGGAUAUGUAACUUUCUUGAAUUAUAUGUCUAUAUGUGAUAAUGUUGUAAAAAGCGCUCCCUAUAACUUAAGUAUUCCUAAAUCGGUUGACGUUUGCUCCCACUUAGAUUGCGAUUAUUUCACACAAAGUUAUGCGGGGUCCAUAAGAUCAUUAAACAAUCACAAGAACGGCAAAACCUGGUUUUGUAAAGGUUUUCCCACGAUUAUACCAAUGGACGGAUUCAUCACAAGUGUUAAUAUAAGUAAAUUUGUUUAA